AUGAUCUGGAGAGUGACCGAAGCAGCCCAGUCUUCCCACAGGGGCAUCCUCACAGCGAGCACCUCAGCCUCCCAAAGUGCUGGGAUUACAGGUGAGCCUGAAUUUAAAUACAUUGGGAAUAUGCACGGAAAUGAGGCAGUUGGGCGGGAACUGCUCAUUUUCCUGGCCCAGUACCUCUGCAAUGAGUACCAGAAGGGGAACGAGACAAUUGUCAAUCUGAUCCACAGCACCCGCAUCCACAUCAUGCCGUCCCUGAACCCUGACGGCUUUGAGAAGGCCGCGUCUCAGCCUGGUGAACUCAAGGACUGGUUUGUGGGUCGAAGCAAUGCCCAGGGCAUAGAUUUGAACCGGAACUUCCCAGACCUGGAUAGGAUCGUGUAUGUUAAUGAGAAAGAAGGUGGUCCAAACAACCAUCUGCUGAAAAAUAUGAAGAAAAUUGUGGAUCAAAACUCGAAGCUCGCUCCUGAGACCAAGGCUGUCAUCCACUGGAUUAUGGACAUUCCUUUCGUGCUCUCUGCCAAUCUCCAUGGAGGGGACCUGGUGGCCAAUUACCCGUACGAUGAGACACGGAGUGGCAGUGCUCAUGAAUACAGCUCCUCCCCGGAUGAUGCCAUUUUCCAAAGCUUGGCUCGGGCGUACUCUUCUUUCAACCCAGCCAUGUCUGACCCCAGUCGACCACCGUGUCGCAAGAAUGACGAUGACAGCAGCUUUGUGGAUGGAACUACCAAUGGUGGUGCUUGGUACAGCGUGCCUGGUGGGAUGCAAGACUUCAAUUACCUCAGCAGUAACUGUUUCGAGAUCACUGUGGAGCUCAGCUGUGAGAAGUUUCCACCUGAAGAGACUCUGAAACGCUACUGGGAGGACAAUAAAAACUCCCUCAUCAGCUACAUCGAGCAGAUACACCGAGGAGUUAAAGGAUUUGUCCGAGACCUUCAAGGUAACCCAAUUGCCAACGCGACCAUCUCCGUGGAAGGAAUAGACCACGAUGUCACGUCUGCCAAGGAUGGUGAUUACUGGAGACUCCUUGUACCUGGAAACUAUAAACUUACAGCCUCCGCUCCAGGCUAUCUGGCAAUAACAAAGAAGGUGGCAGUUCCUUACAGCCCUGCUGUUGGAGUUGAUUUUGAACUGGAGUCAUUUUCUGAAAGAAAAGAAGAAGAAAAGGAGGAAUUGAUGGAGUGGUGGAAAAUGAUGUCAGAAACUUUAAAUUUUUGAAAACACUUCUUGUUAGCUGCUUUUAUUCUAUCUAUAUAAUGUAGUAUGAUAUAAUGUGACCAUUUUAUUUUAGAUUUUGUGCAGUUAAUAUUUAACAUUUACUUUUAAUCAUUUAAAUAUUAAUCAAAACUGCUUAAAAUAAAUAGAUUCUUAGGUAAAAAUGUAAGAACUUGAUCUAUUUCAUUCUCCUAUAUAGUAUUCAUUUUCCUAUAUACAUUACACACAGUAAUUCUAGCUUUUAAAAAUUAGUGAAGUUCUUUUACUGUAUUUGGUGACAGAAUAUAAUGAAUGCCAUUGAAAAGGGCAGCAAACAUAGCUUGGAGCUGUGAUUACUCUCCUGCAAGACUUAAAUAGUUCAGUGUAAAUUGUCACUUUCCUCUUGUGUUGACUAGUUGUGUGAGCAUGAACUUGUUAAUGCAUUUCUGAUGGGAAGAAAAUGUGCAAGUUUCCCAAGAGGUUUUAUGAAAAGGAUAAGAAUCGACUUCUUGCUUGUUCAUACAGGGCCAAUGCUGUUGCACUGUUUAGUCUGUUAAGACUACUUCAAAGUUUAGGGUUUCUCUUGGUUGUAGAUUGUCCCAGAAUUGCAUUCUGAAUGAAUAAAAGUUUUUAAAGUCCCCA